CUGGGCUGGGUUGUUGGUUGGCUAACAAGUGAGCACCGGCGAACGGAGCGGCAUUCGCUGACAGACGAGCGACGUUGAAGCAGCAACAAAUAAGAGAGGCAAAAAUUAAACAUGGGAGGCUGUUGCUCAAAGGAUUUGGACGAUAAGCGCUCCUGGAGUCCCGACGAGACCAAAAAUGGCAGCACCACAUCGACCAUCAUUGCCCAGCCGCUGGAUGAGGUGGGUAGCACCGGUGUCUUCACGUUAACCCGCACCACAACCAGCACCACGCGGCAGGAGAAGACGGUGACCACCACCAACGCCGAACAGGAGGAUUAGCCACCGUUCCACCAUUAUUUAAUAUAUAAAAUCCAUUUUUUUUUACACUUUUGUUGAAACGUUUUCAAUGCCAUGUGUGUGAGUGAGAGUGUGUGAAUAUAAAUAUAUAUAUAUAUUUAUAUAUAUAUACAGCAAUGUACAUACGGACAAUGUGAAUAUGAAUAUAAAUCAAGUUAAGCUGUUAACGAGUAAUUAUUAAUUGUUAUGCGCCUGAAUUCCAAUUUCGUAAUAAAUUGUUGAAUGGCUAAAUAUUGAAAACAGCUUCACGGUGCCGGCAAAAAAAAAAAAAACUAGGGGUUCUCAAGCAAAUCAAGUGCAGUCAAUGUCAUUAUAAAGUGGUUUCGAUGCAGAACAUCAUCUAUUAUUCUUUUCUACUGACUAAUGUUUAUUGAAAUACAUAUAACCAGCGGAAAUUUACAAACUGUAUACAUAUAAAA